UGAGGGGUAGACUAUCUAUAUGCCUUGCUAACUCAGGCUAAGGCCGCUGGUCUUUACUGAUCAUGCAUGCGUAUGAUCUUAGGGAUCUUCGCUUCGGCCGGGACAGCAGUCGUUUGGCGAGUCUCGAAUCGACGGGGCCGACCGGGAAAAGCAAUAUACGGCCAGUGCAUGACAACACACUGCAACAAUAAUGAAUCAGGCAUUCCUGCUCCUCCGCCAGCCCGGCAAACAGGAAGAAUAGCUCCGAGUUCCACGUUAGCUACACAGUACAUCGGAAUGAUCGUCUUGCGCGACUGCUACUUUGCGAUACGAUGAAUGUUCGAUUGAAUGUUCCAUUAUCGGAGUCCAAGCCUGAAUUUGAACGGGUUCCCUUCAGGUCAGAGAAUGCACGGACAUGGCGCCGGAGAAGAAGGGUGUGGCUUGG